AUGAAUAAAAUAAAGCAAGUUAUGAAAAAUUCAAAGGAUAUUAUUGAUUAUAUCGUAUUAAUUUGUUUAUAUAUCAUUUUAUGGAUAUAUUUAUAUUUUUAUUACCUUGUAAGAAAUAUAAAAAAUUUUAUCAUAUUCCAACUUUUUAAUAAAUUUGAAUUAUUUAAAAAGACAAAAUGGCUUAUUUAUAAUUUUACUUUGGAUAACCUUUUUAAAAAAAAAAAUAACUUUAUCUUAAAUAUUGUAGAAUUUUUUAAAAAUAGGAAAGAUAGAAAAAAAUUAUUAAAGACACAAAUUAAUAAAAUACCUAAGCAUAUAUAUAUUGUUUUCAAAACAAAUGACAUUAUUAUUUUGAAUGAAACAAAAUUUAUAAAAUAUAUAAUUGAUAUAAUCACAUAUUUGUAUGAACUUCAAGUUCAGCAUUUAACUAUAUACAUACCAGAUCAAAUUUUUGAUUCCCCAUUUUAUAAAACACUGACAAGAUGUUUGUAUGAAUAUAAUUAUUUUACAAAAGUAACUAAUUAUUCAAAUAUAUUUAAUGACAAAUCUGAACACAAUAGUAGUAAAUCAUUAGACUCAAAACAAAAUGAUAGUCCAAAAAAAUGUUCAGAAAAACUUAUUGAACAAUUUGUUAUAACUAAAUUUACUCCUAUUGGUAAGAAAAUUCCCUUUAACAAAAAAGAAAAACAGGAAUCUUUAAAAAAAAAUUUUAAAUAUGAAGAGUUUUCUCUUUAUCUAAAAUUUAUAAAUAAAACACAUUCCCAUGAAAAAUUAAUAGAUAUAACAGAAAAAAAUACAAUAAUAUCAAAAGGGACAUUAGUAUCAGAUAAUUCUAAUCCAUUCAAUAAAAAUAUAGAACAUAUUAUAAAAAAUAUAUUUUAUUUAGAUCACAAGAAUGUGCAUUACACCAUAAAUAAAACAUGGUUUAAUGGCUAUGUUCAUUAUUUAUUCAAUCUAUUUAUAGUAUCAAAAGAUAUUAUAGUGAACCUUUUAAAAAAUAAAUUCAAAUUUGUUAAACUAAAUAAACACUUAACACAUUUUUUUGUUAAAAUUUAUAAAACUAUUGUUAUUUUAUUUUGUUCUUUAUUAAAAUUAUUAAAGGGUGAUACAAGAGUGAUUAAAAAAAUAAACAGUGAGAUAAAUGCAUUUGAUAAAUUGAAUUUCAAAACAGAAAAAAAUGAAGAAACUAAUUUUAUUUUAAAACUUUUUGAAAACUCAAUAUUAGACAAUAAACAUAUAGUUGAGUCAGUUCAAAUAUUAAUUAAGAACAACAUACCUUUAUAUGUAAAACCUUCCCAUGAAGAUAUUUUUCAAGAUGGAUGCAACGAAUUAUAUAAUGACGUAUCCGUUGAUGUCGUUAUUUCUUUGAGAAUAGGGCUAAUUGAUUAUUUCAUUUCAACAUUUAAACAUUAUAAAGCAACCAAAAAAAUUAAUAAAAAAAAUAUUCUUAAUUUUGUUUUGGAAUAUAUUAGCUCUUUUUUUUUUAUAUACAAUAUAAUUCAUCCUUUUCAGAAAAAUGGAAUACAACCAUGGGUUUUAUCAUUUUCAGAACUUUAUGAAUUUUUUGGCUAUGAUGUAAAUUCAAUGCACAAGGCAUUAUUAUAUUAUAGCAAUUCAAACCAAAGAUAUGGUUAUUAA